AUUCUUCAUGAAGCUUUUCUUCAUUCGAACUCGUCACCGAAUGAGCAAGAUUCGAGUGCAAUGGAAUGUGAUGAUAUCGGUCCUAUUUCUAGGGAUCGAUGUAAUACAUGGCCUUUACGACGACCACAAAUUGAUAUUAAUCCUCAGACUAGUCCAUUAAUUCAUGAGCGAAUUCCUGAAGAAGAAAAUGAUAUUUAUGGUAGUUCGGAAAAUAUGUCCAAUAGUCGAUUAUGUUCAAAUGUGACAGUUGGGAUGGUCGCAUCUUCUGGGAGUAAUUCUGGCCAAUUAUCGGCACCCAAUGUAGAUUCCUCUGAUACGGGAAGUGGCAUCAGUGGCUCGAAAAAAUCAACAACACGUCGGAAUGCUUGGGGAAAUAUGUCCUAUGCAGAUCUCAUUACACAAGCCAUCCUUAGCUCACCAGAUAAGCGGCUUACUUUAUCUCAAGUUUAUGAAUGGAUGGUGCAAAAUGUACCUUACUUUAGAGACAAAGGUGAUUCAAACAGCUCAGCAGGUUGGAAAAACUCCAUUCGGCACAAUCUUUCUUUACACAGUCGUUUCACUCGUCUUCAAAACGAAGGCGCAGGAAAAAGUUCUUGGUGGGUUAUUAAUCCGGAUGCAAAACCUGGUAGAAGCCCAAGACGUCCUCGGUCCAUAAUGGUUAUUUCAAGUCAAUUUUUUAUUUUUAGACCUCGAGAACUAUCUAGAAAUCUUACUCCAUCAACCUUAUCAAUCCCUGUUUCACAGUCCGAAAAUUUCGAUGAUUAUGAAUUUCCACAGUUUCUUGAUAGUGGCCAUAUACCAUCUGAUUUGGUAGAUCGAACUCGGCAGGUAAUGGCAGUUUUCAGUUAA